AUGUCGAUCCAUGCCAACCAAGAGAAUCGACCGCCUGCGUCCAGCGGCCUCGAUGGCUCGAUGGCUCGCCUGUCGCUGGACGAUGCGUCGCCCGGGAAAGCAGGCUUAGCUUCCUCCGCUGGCCCCUCACAGCAGGAAGCUGACACGGAUAGUGAAAAGGCAACUCACCACGGCUUCAUGGACCAAGCCCUGGAUAUGGCUCGCCUUGCGCUCCGCACCAACGAGACGCCCGUCGGCUGCGUCAUCGUUCACAACAACAAAGUCAUCGCCAAGGGCAUGAACGCAACAAAUGUCACGCGCAAUGGUACUCGCCAUGCCGAGUUCAUGGCCGUCUCGGCCCUCCUUUCCUACCGUCCCAUGGGCGUGACAUCGGAUGACGCAGCUGCCGAACCUCGACAUGUCCCGACCGAGAUGUCCGCUGCCGAGCGCGAGCAGCGAGACCGCGAGAAGGAUGCCGAGCUUGGUCCUGACCCCAGCCUGAAGGACACUUCGUAUGUGAAGAAUGGCCAUCUCUAUCCGUAUGGCCAGAAGCAACAUCCCGACCCUCGCGUGCCACGCUCCAUCAUUCGCGAGUCAGUGCUAUACGUAACUGUCGAGCCGUGCGUCAUGUGCGCCGGGCUGCUCAGACAGCUAGGAAUUCGCAAAGUCUACUUUGGCGCUGUGAACGACAAGUUCGGUGGUGCUGGCGGCGUCUUCAGUAUUCACUUGAACUCUAUUAGGCCACAGGACAGACCAUACAUUAAGGAACUGCCCUCAGAAUCAGACAAUAAUGACAGCGGCACAACAGCCCCUUCACGACCCGUGUCAGCUCAGUCAGCUCAGUCGACGCAUUUAGCUCCCAAGCCACAGAACGGACAAUACCAUAUGCCACAGUCCAACCCGGAUGGCGAUGGCGGAAAUGUUGAGCGCGGUUUCGAGAUCGAAGGCGGAUGGGGACGCGAGGAGGCCGUGGGCCUACUGCGGCGCUUCUACGUCCAGGAAAACGGUCGAGCUCCCCAACCACGGAAGAAGGAAGGUCGCGCUGCUCGCCUCGCGGCGAUGGAAGCCGGCAACUCUCAAGACACCCAAGGUGUAGUGACGGGCGGCACGCCUGAGGAAGUCGGCGCCGCUGAAACGGUCGAUGAGAAGGAGCUGGCAACUAAUGCUGAAAACCCGCUGCAGACGCCCACGUUGGAAACCGUGCCAGGCCCGCUUGGCAGCAGCGACAAAACUGAUUGA